GUCAGAGCAGAGCUGGUUGUCCUCCAGAGGUAAUCCUACACCGUCUGUAAAACCUACAUCAGUCACUAUGGCAUCCACUAUCUCCAUGCGGAGCUACUCGCCGGCCCGGCAGCCCUCCUUCUCCAGCCUGUCACUCCGGGACAGUGGCCGGGCCCGCUCCAAGGCUGCCGUCUCCCUCUCUGCCGCCCUCCCCCUCUCCAGCUCUGUCUCUGUGAGCAGCGGCCUCAAUGAGCUCAAGAACCUGGCGCCCAAUGGCCUGGUGGGUGGGCCCAACGAGAAGGAGGCCAUGCAGGGCCUCAACAACCGUCUGGCCAACUACCUGGACAAGGUGCGCACCCUAGAGAAGUCCAAUGCUGACCUGGAGCUCAAGAUCAAGCAGCUGAUGCUGGAGCGAGCACCCAAGGGGCAUGACAUUGAGGGCAUGAUGGCUCAAGCACACACCAUCGAAAAGGAGGUGAGGGCAAAGACGCUUGAGAACGCCCGCAUCAUGCUGGAGAUCGACAAUGCCAAGCUGGCCGCUGACGACUUCCGAGUCAAGUGGGAGGCAGAGGUUGAGCUGUGCCAGUCAGUGGAGAGAGACUGCCAGGCUCUGAGGAAAGCCAAGUCCGACCAUGUUCAGAUCAUUGCCACGCUGAGUGCCGACCUGGACAGCCUCAAGGAGGAGCUGUACUUCCUGAAGAGGAACCAUGAGGAGGAAAUGGCGGUGCUGAAGGCCCGCAUGGCCAAAGACCAGGUGAACGUGGAGGUAGACGCUAACCGGGGCCCUGACCUGGCAGCCACUCUGGCUGAGCUGAGGACCCACUACGAGGGCAUUGUCCGGAAGAACAAGGAGGAUGCUGAGGACUGGUACAAGAAGAAACUGGACACAGUGCAGUCGGAGGUCCGGGAGAGCAAUGAAGUCCUACGUGGGGCUCAGAAUGACCUCACUGAGAGACAGCGCUUCCUUCAGACCCUAGAGGUGGAGCUGGACAGCCUGCGUAAACAGGUUGCCGCACUGGAGGGUAACUUGAGUGACACCACCCACAAGUACGCCCAGGAGAUGGAUCGCCUCCAAGCAACUCUGUCACAACUUGAGGCGGACCUGUCCCAGCUGCGCUUGGACAUGCAGCGCAACAAGACUGACUAUGACCAGCUGCUGCGGGUCAAACAGAACCUGGAAAUGGAGAUUGCCACCUACAGGAGGCUGCUGGAGGGAGAGGAAGAGAUAAAGGAAACCCCUCCAAAAAAAGAGCCAGACGUCAGGACCAGGAAGAUUGUGAAGGUGGUCACCCAGACCAUGGUCAAUGGCAAAGUGGUGGAUGAGUCCAGCGAGGUUGAGCAGAUUGAGGAGGAGAAGAAGUGAGAGGUCCCUUCCUCCCCCUACCAAACUAUCCCAUAAGCCUUUCUGCCACACUACCUGAGGUGUCCCCAACCCCGCUCUCUUUCUUUGUCUGGUCUUAGUAGUCUUCUUCAGUUGUUACAAAAUCUGUUCAAAAAGGUACAUUUCACAUAUUUAUUUUUGGUUAAAUGGAACGAAGUAGACGCCUUUUCAUGUUUCAAUCUUUAAAAAAAAUCUGCAAUAAAAAUUUUCCACUUCUCAA